UUUUUUCUUUUCCUCCCGUCAUUUGAGGCUUGUUUUCAACUCAUUAUCAUUUGAUCCUCGAGGCUGAAGAGAUGGCCAAAGAGAUGCAGAAGACUAGCAUGUUCAUUGAGAGAAACCCUGGAGAUUAUGAGAAUGGUGAUAUCUCCAAGAACUUGGAUGAUGAUGGUCGAGUCAAAAGAACCGGGACUUGGCUUACUGCAAGUGCUCAUAUUAUCACUGCUGUGAUUGGAUCUGGAGUCCUGUCUCUUGCAUGGGCCAUUGCCCAGUUGGGUUGGGUGGCUGGACCGGCUGUCCUAACGGCUUUCUCCUUCAUCACCUACUUCACCUCCACCCUUCUUGCUGAUUGCUAUAGGGCUCCUGAUCCUGUCCAUGGAAAGAGAAACUACACUUACAUGGAUGUUGUUAGAGCUUAUCUAGGAGGAAGAAAGGUCCAACUCUGUGGAUUAGCUCAGUAUGUAAAUCUUCUGGGAGUAACCAUUGGUUACACUAUCACAGCAUCAAUUAGCAUGGUGGCCGUCAAAAGGUCAAAUUGCUUCCACAAGCAUGGCCAUCAUGUAAAGUGCCAAACAUCCAACAACCCUUUCAUGGUCAUCUUUGCUUGCAUCCAGAUCGUUCUCAGCCAAAUCCCAAACUUCCACAAUCUUUCAUGGCUGUCGAUUCUUGCUGCCAUCAUGUCUUUCGCUUAUUCUUCCAUUGGCCUUGGACUUUCCAUCGCCAAAGUUGCAGGUGGGGAACAUGUAAGGACAACCUUAACCGGAGUGACAGUAGGGGUGGACGUGUCGGGAUCUGAAAAGAUUUGGAGGACAUUCCAAGCUAUUGGAGACAUUGCCUUUGCCUAUGCUUUUUCUACCGUCCUAGUUGAGAUUCAGGACACGAUCAAAUCCAGUCCACCGGAGAACAAAUCAAUGAAGAGAGCAACAACCCUUGGUGUCUCAACGACGACUCUGUUCUAUGUCCUUUGCGGACUUGUCGGAUAUGCAGCCUUCGGAAAUGAUGCACCAGGAAAUUUCCUUACUGGCUUCGGCUUCUAUGAACCCUUUUGGUUGAUCGACUUCGCCAACAUCUGCAUUGCCAUUCAUCUUAUUGGAGCAUACCAGGUAUUUGCCCAACCUUUAUUCGGAUUCAUCGAGGGCUGGUGUGCCAGACGGUGGCCUGAAAACAAAUUCAUUACAAGAGAACAUGUUGUUGAUGUUCCAUGCUAUGGUGUUUAUUACAUCAACUUCUUCAGGCUGGUGUGGAGGACAGCCUACGUUAUUUUGACAGCCGUGGUAGCCAUGAUAUUUCCUUUCUUCAACGAUUUCUUGGGACUUAUCGGGGCCGGCUCGUUUUGGCCAUUGACGGUCUACUUCCCGAUAGAGAUGCACAUUGCUCAAACGAAAUUGCCCAAGUACUCGUUCAGGUGGAUAUGGCUGAAAAUACUGAGUUGGGUUUGCUUGAUCGUUUCACUCAUUGCUGCCGCUGGAUCUGUUCAAGGACUGAUUCAAAGCCUGAAGACAUACAAGCCAUUUCAGACUCAGGACUGAAUGACUCGCCUAUAAUGCUUUGAUU